UGUUGUCUGAGUAAAAUUUAUUUUCAGUUUAUUGUAAAAGAUGAUUGUAAAAUAAGUGUUUAUUAUGUGUAUUGUCAUCCUAAAGAUUUCCUUUGCAAUGUAGUUUAAAUGUUAGUCCUCUUUUCUUAGUUGCCUUGGGAAAAAGUGUGAGAUUAAUGAAUAAAGAAAAACACAUGGGAAAUAUUUACGUGGUUACAGAUUUUCCCAGUUGCUGUGGUGCAUUUAGUGAAGAAUCAUUAACAUUUGCACAACAGUGCAUUACUCAAAACAAUUAGUCCAAACUGCACCAUAUAGUGGAUUACCUAUUUCUAAUGAAAAUGCACAAACCUCUUCAUUGUAGCAUAGUUAUCUCAAAAUUACAGUUAUACAUUAUUCUGUGUGUGUGUGUGCGUGCGUGCGUGCGUGCGUGUGUAUGUGUGUUGGGGAUUUGUACCGUACCAUUUUUUUGACAGACAGUGAAAAAUAUUUCAGAACAAUAACAAAAGCGAAAUGACAAAAACAGAUGCAUGGAUGUACUACAUCAUUUUCUGCAUGUUUGAAGCAAUGAUAAUUGCUUUUGAUAUGCACAAGUGAAAAGAUUAUAGAGUUUGAACAUGUUUUGAGAAUUUCAAUUCAGAUACACCAAGUGACUGAGGAAAAGUGCAAUUGCUCAUAGACAGGGAGCUUGUUUAUGGCUUACUAGUAAGCUCACACAACCAUUAGGUUAUCAAUAUUAUCCAUUAACCAGUAUUUAAGACUGUAUCUGAAAUAUGAAAUAUGGAGUAUUAACCUAAUAGAAAUGCUGUAGGUUAACUUUACACUUUUGAAUGUGUUUAUACCAAUAUGUUAAUAAUAUAUCAAAACUACAUUCAUACUACAUACAUAAAUUCAGACCCUAGUCGCAGAUCAUCCUCCAGUCGCAGAUCAUUCUCCAGUCGCAGAUAAUUCACACAGAUUAUGGAUUCAUUGUACACUCAAAGAGAGAGUAGUAUGGCAUUCCUCCAAAGCAGUAAGGGUUGUGAGGUUGAUCUUUGUGAUGCUGAAACAAAACAAAAAGAAUACAAAUUGAGGAGAGGAACCUUUGAGGACACAAUCUAUGGAGAUGACAAGAGUAUGCUGGAGGAUUGGGAGGAAUGCUACCUUCCAGAACACAUGAGAAUGUUGGUGUUAGGAGAGGUUCAUCACAACAGCUGGGAUUCUGAAGACACCGACCUGGUCCUCAUGAAGUGUGAAGACGGUAAAAUCUACGCCUACGAUGAUGAACAUCUCCACCUAGUGGCUAAGUGCUUGGAAUCACUUUUCAGUGAAGGAAUCACCUUUCCAUCUACAACAGUCUAUUACUAUGGGCAAAGCUUUGAGGACAUGACAGAGGAGGAACUAGAGGAGGUGAACGCAUCUGAAGAAAUGAGGCAAGCUAAAGAACAUCACAAGCUUCAAGCUGCAAAGUGGGGGAGUGAGCUUAAGGAAGUACUCAGAGAAGUGGCACGAUGUUAUGGGGUGUCAUGUGACAAAGGUGUUGCUGAUCCGCCAAAGAGACAGAGAACUCAGCAGGUGGAAGAAAAAAAGUCUGCAAAAAGAAGAAAAAAACAUGCAACUAAUCCAUCGGACGAAGCAAAUGUUGUUUUGGCCAAUUGAUGUUUACAGUUUUUUUCUGAAUGCUUAAGCAAGUUUCGCAGUGAAAUUCAAAUUCUGUUGUGUUAUGUGAGGCACACACGGUUGAAAAAGUACUUCCGGGAUUUCAACCUCCCCUCAUACUAUCCAAUCUUGAAUCCGAUUGAAGAGUUCUUCUCUGCCUGGCGCUGGAAGGUCUAUGACUGUUAUCCCCAUAAAUGCAUAGCCCUUUUACAGGCAAUGGAGGAGGCAUGUGGGGAUAUUGACAAUUCAUCGUGGCUUGUGUUUACUAUGAUACGAAAACACCAUUUUUACAAAGGUGUGAAGAGUUAAUCAAGCUAUGUUCGCUUUUGCAAGAGAACUACAAUAUUUUGAUAAUUUGGUGAAAGGUUUUGCAAAAAUAGCCAAUAGUUACACAAAAUGUGCUUAAGCAAUCAGAAAGAACUGCAAUGUACACAAAAUGUACACACAAUGUUGUCCGAAGUCUGCUUCUCAUUAUUAGGGCCCGAGCACCGAGGUGCGGCCACUGAAAGUGGCUGCACCGUAGGUGCAAGGCCCUAUUGUUUUUGCUCAGAUUAUUAUUAUUAUUAUUAUAGUGGAAUUCUUAAGCUCCAUGUUUGGCCUUUUUUCACCAACGUGGCAUGCUUUAAAACUCUAGGGUGUGGUUCAAGGACAGUAUAGCGCCACCUAGCGUGUUGUCUGUUGUGGUUGACACAUACAUACACGAAAAUGAACUAAAUUUGGUAGACUUGUGUGUUGUACUAAUCUGAACAACUUUUACAUUGAAACUACAUAGUGAAUCUUAAAACAAUUUGAGUUAUGAUUAUGAUUAUGAAUUUUGCACAUCACGCAUUUUGAAGCACUCCUCCUAGACGGUUUAUCGAAAUCAUGUCAUACAAGCACUAAAAUGAUCUUGAGGAAUUGCCCGCGAGGAAUUGCGACCAGAUUUUUUAAUUUUUGAAGUAUAUUGAAAUGGCGAAGGUUUGAAUUAUGGCGUUUUAUUAAGAAACAGGAAGUUGGUGUUAUAGGCAGAAAAAAGGUUAUGAAUUGGAUGUAAUUUGGCAGCUACAUGUGGAAUUGCUUCUGCUGGUCAGAGACAGAGCUCUGGCCUAAGGUGUGGCUUUGGGACUCUAUAGCGCCACCUAGCAGCAUGUUAUCUGUUGUGGUUGACACAAACAUUCAUGAAAAUGAACCAAAUUUGGUGGACUUGUGUGUUAUUGCUAUUACUAGUCAGAGACAGAGCUUUGGCCUAGGGUGUGGCUUAGGGACUCUAUAGCGCCACCUAGUGCAUUGUCUGUUGUGGUUGAAACAUACAUUCACGAAACUGAACCAAAUUUGGUAGGCACAUGUGUUAUUGCCAUCGCUAUUCAGAGACAGAGCUCUGGCUGAGGGUGUGGCUUAGGGACUCUAUAGCGCCACCUAGCGUGAAACCCGUUUUGGGUUGACAUUUACAUUCACAAAAAUAAAUCAAAUUUCAUGAGCUUGUGUGUUAUUACUGCCGCUAGUGAAAAACAGCUGUGGCCUAGGGUGUGGCUUAGGGACUCUCUAGCGCCAUCUAGCGCGUUGUCUGUUGUGGUUGACACAUACAUUCAGGAAAAUUGACCAAAUUUGGUGGCUAUGUGUGUUGCUCAUGCACAUGCCCACCAACACGCCUCAUAUUGCUUUGUUAGAUUCCGAAAUGAUACAGGUCUCCGCACCGCAGGUGCUAGGGCCCGCCAUCGCCGCUUGCGGCUAUAUUUAUAGUAUAAUCCUCUUACCAGUAACAUUUUUCACCAACUUGGCAUGCUCUAAAACUCAAAUUUGGUGGACAUGUGUGUUGUAUUAUUCUGAACAAGUUUUACAUUCAAACUAUAUAGUGAAUCUUAGACGAAUUUGAAUUAUAUGAGAUUUUCUGAUUUUUGCACAUCAUGUAUUUUGAAAUACUUCUCCUAGACGGUUUAUCGAAAUGAUGUCAUUUAAGCACUAAAAUUAUCUUGAGGGGUUGCCUGAGAGGAAUUGCGACCAGAUUUUUGAAUUUCAAAAGUAUAUUGAAAUGGCGAAGGUUUGAAUCUAGGUGUCUUAUAAAAGAAACAAAAAGUUGGUGUUAUAGGCAGAAAAUAGUGACUAAUUUGGAUGAAAUUUGAUGGAGUAUUAGUUAGUGUGUUUGUAGUGACAGUCAUAUACAAAGUUUUGAAUUUGGUGUUGUUUGUGAUUUUUAAAAGCGCAUUAAUGAUUGUGGUGGACACAGUUUUAGCUAAAAUAUUUUGAAGCGAGUUGAUGAAUAAUGAUAAUCAUAUCAACCUAUGCUGCAAUUUCGACGUAAACCACAUUAACAGAAAGUGAGUUAUUUAGGUUUUCAUAUGACUAUGGUCUCUCCUAUCCGCUCCUUGCUGCCCGCGCUUGUUACACACAGAACUACCUAGCCGCUUCCUCACUGUGGCUCACCCACUCUCCCCCUCCUUGUCUCUUUCCUUCCCCCCACAGUUAUUCACACUUUCCCCUCUCUCCCAGCUGGAUGUCUCUCUCUCCUCCCCCGCUCUCCACACAGAGACACAGACACAGACACAGACACACACACACACAGAGUCAAGAAUGACAGUGUGAUGCAAAGUAAAAGGUAAAAAAAUGAAUUGGGGACUGACUGAGUAAGACCCAAGUUCUAAUCCUCAUAAAAAUUUGUCUUUGCCUUGUGUGUUGCCACCUCUAGUCUGAGACAGAGCCCUGGCCUAGCGUGUGGCUUAGGGACUCCUGGUCACUCACUCACUCACUCACUCACUCACUCACACACACACAGGGCAGCCGUGGCCUACUGGUUAGGGCUUGUAACUGGAGGGUUGUCGGUUCGAUCCCCGACUAGUCCACAGCUGAAGUGCCCUUGAGCAAGGCACCUAGCCCCUCACUGCUCCCGGAGUGCGCUAUUUUUUUUGUACUGUAUGGCUGGCUGGCUGGCUGGCUGGCUGGCUGGCUGGCUGUCUGUCUCUCUCUCUCUCUCUCUGCCGCAUUUUUCUCCCUCCCCCAUUCUUUCCACACAGACACAAACACACACACACACACACACACACACACACACUCUCUCCCUUCCUUGAACCACCUGAAAAUGAAUGGCCACCUAGCGCAUUGUCUGUUGUGGAUGACACACAUUCAUGAAAAUGAACCAAAUUUGGUGGGCUUGUGCGUUAUUGCUAUCGAUAGUCAGAGAUUAUGGAGACCAUUAUCCAAAAGUUGAUGUCAACAGACAAUCCCAUUGUGGUGAUGUGAUCCACAUUGCAUAUUGUAUACUUGUCCAUGCUUUAUUAUGCUUUUGACAGUAACCUAUGUGCACAAGGGUUCUGUUAUGGUUUUGUCUAUGCUGUUUUCUGUUACCUGCAUUUGCUUUGAAUUGUGCAUGUCCUGCAGUGGGGAGAGUUAUUGAUCGCCUGCUCAUGUCAGUUAUUUUUCUUUACUCUCACUUUUGUAUUACUGCACAGGUGUUUGGGAUUCUGUUUAAAUAAAUAUCAUAUACUCAUA